AUGGGGUGCUGCUACAGCAGCGAGAACGAGUACUUGGACCAGGACCAAGAGGAGCGGAAGCUGCUGCUGGAUCCUAGCAGCCCCCCUGCCAAAGCCUUCAAAGGAGCUGAACACAACUACCACGGCCUGCCUCCCACUCGCACAGAUGAGCAGUCCGUGCUCUCCUCCAUCCUUGCUAAGACAGCCAGCAACAUCAUUGACGUGUUUGCUGCGGACUCCCAGGGCAUGGAGCAGUACAGCACCCGCUUGGCUGUGCUGAGCCUCAGCCUGACCCACUGGAAGAAGCUGCCGUGGCUGCCAUCUCUCACCAGCCAGCCCCACCAAGUGCUGCCCAGCGAGCCCAUCCCCUUCUCUGACUUGCAGCAGGUUUCCAUGAUAGCUGUUUAUGCCUACAGUGCACUUUCUCAGAUCCAAGUGGAUGCAGAAGAGGAGCUGGUUGUACAGUUUGGGAUCCCGUGA